CACUCGACUUGCUGCCUCAGCGGUGUGCGCGCUACACCCCCGUCCCGAGCGACGACGACGACUCUUCACUCUUCUCUGUGCACCGUUGGAGCGGGCGGCCGGACCCCGUGCAGCGCAGUGGCGAUCGUGGCUGGAGGCCGUUGCCUUUUGCAGCCAAACAUGCUGCCCUUCGAGACGCCCAGCAUCUUCGACCAGCUCCCGCGGUUCGUCUUCAAGAUGCCGCGGGUGGUGCCCGACCAGAAGGCAAAGUUCGAGUCGGACGAACUCUUCCGGCGCCUCAGCCGGGAAUGCGAGAUUCGCUACACGGGCUACCGGGACAGGCCCCUGGAGGAACGUCAGGUGCGCUUCCAGAACGCCUGCCGGGAGGGACACACCGAAGUGGCUUUCGUCGCCACGGGCACCAACCUGCAGCUUGUGUUCAGCCCCUGCCACAACGGCUACGUGGAUUGCUGCGAUUUCGAUAAGGAACGUGGAAAGGUGCAUAUCAAGUCGAGCUUCAUCAUGAACGGAGUCUGCGUCCGGUACCGAGGAUGGAUCGACCUCGACCGCCUUGACGGUGUUGGCUGCCUCGAGUACGACGAAGAGCGAGGACGGUUGGAAGACGCCGUGCUCCGAGACCAGAUCGAAUGCUACAACCAAAGGUUGCGAGACUUUGAAGAGAAACAGAGGGCAUUCCGAGCGCGCCACGAACGGCAGGCGGAAGCAGAACUCGAGGCGAGAAGGAAACACCAAGAACUGAGCCCCGAUCGAGGUGGAUCUGCGAGCAACUGAAUUUGCGAAGUGGCGCCACAAUGAAACAUCCACGCCGACGCAUCAGACGGCUGGCUUCCUGACCAAGGCCAGCUUGCGAUGAAUGCCAGCGAGGCCGGCCCCACGCACCGCGGCGGCUACCGCAUCUGGCUGGCGCGACACGUGAUCCUGGCGAUCAACGCCACUGUACUUCUUGCGUUUUGUACAUGAUCGCACUGAUUCCUCUAUGAUUCGUAUAAGCGGACAUUUAAAUGACACGAAAAGACGCUGAAAGCCGAAUGCUCAGACGGGCAAUGUGAUAAUUAUUCUGAUGAGAAAUGCUCGGGAGAAAAACGUGAAGUGACCGUGUUGAUUUUGUUUGGUAACUGUGAUCUCUGUUUUCUUCUUUCAUUUGUGGCCCCCUAGUAAAACGUUCCUUCCGUGGUGAGUGCAGAGAGAAUACUCAGGACCACUGCGUGAAAUCUCUAAAAACGUGUUCGAGUCGAUGCCUCGUCAUAGACGAUUCCACAAAUGCAAAAGAAAACAAGAAUCAACACCGCAACCAUCCUUCUUUCCGAUCACUUAGGUGGACGUUGUUAGAAGGACGGUGCAGGGGUCGGCGCAGGGUACCCGCGUGUGCUUACCAUCUCCCGGCUUUCCGUGUAGCUGCUUCGCCUCUGUCAGUUGUGCUCACACGCGUCCACGUCGAAUGAGGGGCCUUAUUUGUGGGCGGCAGCGAAGCCCGCGCCUGGUGCUCACCUCGGGCAACGGUCGGGCCCUCGGCAGCGACGAGCGCGUCUUCUUCCGUGAUGCUGGCGUCGCUAGACGCCCGCCAAUGGCGCAGCCAGGGCUUCGGGGCCAACGGAAGACACGGCUUCGCUGCUCGCAGUUAUAUGCAUGUACAAUAGUGUAUUUAUAUUCUGCAGCACUCGCUCUUUCCGUUCGGGAGGUAUGUGUACUUCUUGGCAUUACUGUUGUGUGCACCGCUGUGGGCAUCGCUCCUGUUCAGAACUGUACACUGUCUUCGCAAACGGGGCUUUGUCGACCUGCACAUCAACUAUGUCUAGGCUCAGUAUGUUAACGGCACAACGGCUUCUAACUCAAAAGACAGAAGCCAGCCAUAUGACGACGUUGCCUCAAACAUUUGGUUUCUGAACGCGGAAGUUUGUGCACAGCGGUUGCUUCAUAUAUCUAAAACGAAUUCAUCUUGAAACUCUGUGAGCAAGAAUUAUGAUAACCCGGAUAAACAUUUUUUUUUCUGUUUCUUUUGUUCCCGUUGUUUCCUGUAGAUAUUGUGAAUAUAUAUGUCUGCUCAGCUGUGUCCUCGUCUUGCUUCUUGUGCUUCGCCUAUUUCUUCAGAUGAUGCUCCACAGCGAUGUAUUGUAUAGUCAUGGUUCGCUUUGUGUCUGUCACCCAAAUGCUCGCUGAUAUUUUCUUGGUUCAUGUGGUCAGGGGCAGACCGCAAGCUUACCGCAUUCAGAGUUUGUGUUACGUGGCGAGUCUUUUGUAUUUGUUUUGUUUGCAUGUUGUUUUGAUGGGCGCAUUGCUUGUUUCUGCAUAACACCGCAGCAAUACAUGCCAUGUUGCUAAAUGCCCCCUGUUAAGUGCUAUAUGUUUACAGAAAUUAUCAUUGCACCUUUAUCGUAGAAUACGUUUAGUGAUCCUUUUUUCCCCUCGUUAUCUGCUUAAACACUCACUUUGAUAAGACACUGGCCUCCUAGCAGAUUGCAUUCUCUGGAGUGCCAGUUGCGGUUGUCAUGAAAAAAAAAUAAUAAUAAUCUGUUCAGAAUACUUUGCCCUUGUUUUGCUUAAAGACGACUGUAGGAUUUACUGCCGUUAGCAAACAUGUCUUAAAUACAUCUUAACCAUGUGAUACAAAUUUUUUUGCGUGCAACAGUUAAUUUCUGCUCUUAAUAUACGUUCUCCUGCUCGCACCUCUGAAUGCGGUGCAGCGCGCUGUUUGUGUAUCAAUCUUUCUGAGUGUGUUGUUCUCACUCUGGUGGCUGAAGCAAUUCUCUUCUGUGAGCUGAACAACCAAGGACCGAGUCUAGUCUGGGUACUAUGUGUAAUGCUAUAGCUGUACAUGCGAAGAAUUGUAUAAAACGUAUACAUAAAAAAUCCUCGCAGUUGCGUAUGUUUCAUUUGUUGUGAACGUUGUGUUUUUGGUGGUCAAACUCUGAAAAGACGGCAUGCACGCCGGACUCUACAGAAUGACCGACCAAGUGCCAGACUAUCGGGCUGGUCACCAUCUUCAAUAUGACUGACGUUGCAGCAUGCGCUCCACCGCACACUGGCUCAGGAUCAAUUUACGAGAAUGUUUGAUU